GACUAGAUUAGCCGGCAGAAUGAGUUUCACUGGAGGGGAAAGGUACCAGUCCAAGUUUGAUCCAAAAGCAUAUUUAGCUUCUUUUUGCAGUCUAGGAAAAGGAAGAGAUAAAAUAAUGAAUUUCCGCUUUCAGAAGUGUUUUGAAACAUUUGGACCAGGUGGUAUCAGAGGAGACACCUUGAUUGAUAUAGGCACUGGUCCUUCAAUCUACCAACUGGUUUCGGCAUGUGAAUCUUUCAAAAAUAUAAUUGCCACAGAUUUCACUGACAGUAAUCGUCAAGAAUUCCAAAAAUGGCUGAAAAGUGAGCCAGGGUCAUUUGAUUGGUCAGAAACUCUGAAGACUGUUUGUGAGAUAGAAGGUAACAGAGAAAAUUGGAGAGAAAAAGAAAAUAAGCUACGAGCCACUAUCAAAAAAGUUCUAAAAUGUGAUGUGACAAACAGUAACCCACUGCAUCCAGAGGUUCUGCCCAAAGCUGAUUGUUUGAUCACUGCGUUGUGCUUGGAAACAGCUUGCAAAGACAUUGAUGCUUAUAAGGAUGCAAUGAGAAACAUAACCACACUGUUAAAACCAGGAGGCCAUCUGGUAGUUAUUGGCGUACUUGGGGAUAGUUUUUACAAGGUUGGCAAACAGAAGUUUUUCUGCUUGCCAUUGGAUGAGGAGACAGUCAGAAAUACUGUGUUAAAUGCUGGCUAUACAAUUAAAGAACUAGAUGUAUUUCCUAUUGAUAAUAUGUCAUUACAUGCUGACAUUACUGAUAGCUAUGCUAAUUUUUUUCUGGUAGCCAAGAAAAACCUAACAUAAAUAUAAAUCAAUGACAAAAUGUUGAACAAGCAAUAUAUAGAUACCUGCCUUGCCUCACAACUAAAAGCAACCCAAAUGAACUUUAUUUUGUGCCACAUUUUAGGACCAGUAAGCCUAUAGGGCUGGAUUAGACUUCAUCUUUAAUUGUAAUUCUAAUUUUGGAUAGCGGCAUUGUCUUUGUUUUUGAAUUAGCUUGUAAUAACCCAGAAAUAAAUGCAAAAUGUGUGAUCCAGUCAUGGAGUUGUUACACGUGUCAGUGUCUGGCAGAACUGUUUGCACUCCCUGACUAGAACGUAAUGGGUUGUACCUAUACUUUUAUGCAUAAUGAAGAGCUGGCACAUGAAAAGUAUAUGAGUGUACAAUGCACACAAGCAGCUUCAGAAACGGUGUACAUUAGGCUUUCUGCUUAUUGUAUUAGCCCAGCAAUACAACAUUCCAUCUUUCCAUGUAUGGUCUAAGGAGCAGCCCAUCUUUAUUCUCAGCAUGGAUCAACUCACAAUAUAUUGAGAAGAAAUUAAGUUUAUAUUUGUCAAAUGUAAGGACAAGCAACAGGUUUGUGCAAAGAUAGCAAGUAAUUCCCUUCACUGCUAGUAGAGGUGCCAACUUUUCUUGUAAAAAUUACAAUAUUAGUACUAUUGAUAUAAGUAUUGUAUAUAAUUAAACUGCAAGCUUUUGUGAACCUAAUUGUGCCUGAUAAACUUUACGAUGAACGACACUGCUUCAGAAAGUGUAUACUGGUUAGCAUUCCUAAAUUGCAACGCUGGGGUUCUGGGUUUGUUCCAGCCAAGUACUACCUGCAAUGAGUUUGUAUGUAUUGCCAUGUGUCUUUGUGGGUUUUCUCUGGUUGAUUGGCUUUUGAUAAAACUGCCCCUUACUUUUAUAGGGGUAGGAACUUAUGUGAAAGAUAUUCAAAUCUUCAAAUAAAGCCCCCCAAAAAAUAUCAGCACCAUAUAAAUAUAUAUAUAUCACAAAAAAUAACCGUUACCGCACUCACAGGUCUUAUUAAAGAAAUAUUUAUUCAAAAA